UUACAGUGUGGUGAGAAACACGAAUGGAGAGUUCGCCGGUUGAACAGUAAACUCGCGGUUCCUCCUGAUAUCUAACAUGUCACUGCAUGUGGGGCUAACAGUGAGCUAAUGAGCUAGCUAGCAUGUAGCACUGACUUCCACCUUCACGUUGUGGUCUUUCCUUACAUGGAAGUGGACCAAAGUGUCGCCAGGGCGAUUACUCUCUUGGUUCGUUGAAUCUUCGGCGCACAGUUUUAGCACAAAGUGGGGAAAAGUAGCGCACAUCUUAAGAUGUAACUAAGCGCUUUACGUCCCCAAUGUGUUCAAACAUCACUAAAUUACAGUUUCAUCCAUUUAAAAACAUGUACUUUUUAAACUGUUCAAUGUUCAAAACUUAGGGGCGUGGCCGCCAUGUUCCCACAAUGCAUUGCGCGCCCGUCUCAGUUUUAUGCUUAACUAUUUACUCUUACAUUUCACUCGAAACGUUGCGAUGCGGUUACUAGACUAUAAAAAUACUUUGUUCUGAGUUUCUGCACGACAUUGUUGUUAUAUACAGCUAAACUUUAAUUUAUGAAACGUAACCGAGGGCGGUAUGACGGGGAAAGGCGUCCGGCUCUCACUCGGCUCUCUUCAGUACACUCUAGUUUCUCUUCAGAGCGCAUAAAUCUUUCGCCUUUUACUAAAGAUUUCCGUGGAGAGGAACACUAUGAGUUUUAACUAAUUUUUUGAUGCCCUGCUUCAUUGCGGGGCUUCCUCAUUUGUUCAACAACAAAACCAUUAUUAUUUAAGAGCAGUGAUAUAUAUAUAUACACACACACACACACAAUUAAUGAUGGAUCAAUUCUAUUUAGCUUCUUAGAGCGACAUUUGAACACCACCGAGCCAUUGCCGAUGUUAUUAGUAACACCUGUGCUUUCCCCACACAUGUCUGCUGUGAUACAAGACUCAAGAAAUUAAAAAAACAUCAUCUGUCAGUUUCCUGUUGCAUCUUUUCAACAUCCUUUUUUUGGGUAAAUGUUGCAAGAAUGUGGACUCUUAGUUAACAAGUUUGUAGCCGUUUCCCUGGCGUUUGGCUUCAGCUUCUCUCUCCUGGAAGGACAGGACCCGUGAGUGGGUGAGCAGCCAUGGUUCUGUCACACCUCUCUCUCCCCUUCCUCCUCUUCCUCUCUCCCCUCUCCUGCACCUCUCUGUCGCCAACCUCCCCCCAUGGAGUCGUCCUCCCCCAGGCCCCUCCCAUCCUGCAGGACCAACCCUUCGUUGUGGUGUGGAACAUGCCCACAGCCCGCUGUCACCAGCGCUACAACGUCCAUCUGGAUUUGGGCCGCUUUGAUAUCGUGGAGAACCGACAGCAGCGCUUCCAGGGGCAGAAAAUGACCAUCUUCUACCGGGACCGCCUGGGGAAAUAUCCCUACCUCUCACGAGACGGCAGGAAGGUAAACGGGGGGGUACCGCAGCUCGGCGACCUCUCUGCCCACCUUUCUCUCGCAAUGGCGCAGAUGUCCGGUUUGCUGCAGCCAAACUUCACCGGUGUAGCUGUUAUCGACUGGGAAGAGUGGCGGCCGUUGUGGGAGAGAAACUUUGGAACCAAGAUGGAGUACCGGAGGCAGUCCAAGCUGCUGGUGAGACAGGAGAGGCCGGAUUUGUCAGAGAAGGCAACGGUGACGAUGGCAAGGCGAACGUUUGAGGAGAGUGCUCAAAGGUUCAUGGAGGAGACGCUGCAGUCGGCAGUCAGCGUUCACCCCAAGGGAUUCUGGGGAUUUUACGGUUUUCCUGAAUGCUUUAAUAAGCAGAAGAGAAAGACAGAUAAAAGCUACACCGGAUGCUGCCAGCGGGGGACCAAGGACCAAAAUGGCCACCUGUCCUGGCUCUGGCGUCAGUCCACUGCUCUCUAUCCCAGCGUCUACCUGCCGCAAAGGCUGUCAGGAUCUGGGGAUGCAGCGCUGAUGGUCAGACACAGACUGCUGGAGGCUUUGAGGGUGGCGUCCCUUUGGCACCAUGGCAACAACACCAGACAUGCCACGCCAGUCCUUCCCUAUGCCAGGCUAGCGUUCACGCACUCUCUCACCUUUCUUAACAAGACAGACCUGGUGCACACAUUGGGGGAGAGUGCGGCGCUUGGAGCUGCUGGCGUUGUGCUGUGGGGAGAGCUGAAGUUUGCCAAAUCCAAGCAUCAGUGCGGCCUCCUCAGGGACUACAUACACACUGUCCUGGGUCCCUUCGUCCAAUCACUGAGGUCCGACAUGAAGCGCUGCAGCCUCCAACUUUGCCACGGCAACGGCCGCUGCGCCAGACGAAACCCCGGCUCUAGUCGCAUGGUCGCCUCAAGUCCAGCCACGACCUCUGACUCCAAUGAAAUCAACAAUGGCUCCUUCAACGGCAAACAUGUUCACAACCACUUCUUGUGUCGGUGCUACCCGGGCUGGAACGGGCAAGAAUGUCAAGAGGAAGAAGACGAAAAUAUACCGGGGCAGGAGAGAGUGGAACUGUUUUUAAAUGGUUUCAUCAGCUCCCAGUUUGAAACACAGACAAUAUUAAUUGGACAAUUGGAAACCACAGGUUUCUGGGCAUAUUAUGUCCCUCUUCUCAUGGCUGUCAGGUUGAGUCUCAGUGCCUGCAGUUCCUGGAUCAGCAGUGACAGCUGUGUGGCUGCAACCUCUUUCUCCUUCACUGCCUCAGUCAACGUCCGGACUGCGCCGCCCUGCUGGACUGGAGGCAAAAAGCCAAACUGUCACAAUACAAAAUAUCCAGGAAAUAUCAUGGGGAACAAAUAAAAACGAAUGAAUAUGGUAUCUCACCCAAAAAGUAGAAGAUGAGUAACACUGUUAGCAGAAGCAGAGUGAUGAUAGCACAGCCCAUGGCAUAGGCAUGUGAUGAACUGGGAGUGAACAUAUCCUGUAGACGACUCUGCCAUUUGCUGCUGACCGGACGGCCUCUUUGAUUGACAGUUGUCAUGUCACUUGUGUAGAGGUUCCCAUUGGAGGAGGGGGAGUAAGGAGGACGAGGAGGCCUAGUCCCUGAAAUCAUCGAUAAAUAGAUCACUGUCAGUGGGUUCGUACUUUUGAAGCUGGUUCGAAGUGUACGUUGACCUUCUCAGCGCUCUCUUUGGGGUCCUGUGUGGCUGCGUUUGGGGUGUAUGUGUGUGUACCUUUUGUAGGUGUCUACAGUGUGUAUGUGUGUGUACCUUUUGUAGGUGUCUACAG